ACAUCGUAAAUUGAAACAGGCGUUAUAAAUUGGGACGGAGGUAGUAUAUUGUAGAGGCACUAACUAGUGGAGUACAAUUAGGUACCCCUACAAAAUGAACAAGACUCCACUCGUUCGGGUCGGACUACCGGUUGAGCAGCAUUCCGACCAUGGCAACGGCUAUAUCUUCGGCACUAUUUCCUCACACUCCCCUUAAUCCAUCCCUCUUUCCCUCUAAAUCUCGAACGCCGCCUCUGUGUUUCCGGAACGAUAAGCUGUUAAUACGCGAAAUUUCCCCGCUCCGGCCUCCGCUCACGGCGAGACCGCCGUCGUGCACCAGCCCCGACGCCACCGCCGCUGACGAAUCGUUAGGAAUCGACGCUCUUCAUCGCUUCAUCCGACUAAAUACCGGCAAAUGGACAGGCUCUUUCAAUCAAUUUGACAGUCACGGGGAAUUGCUGCACACUGUUAGCACGAAGCUUGCAGUGGGAUCUUAUGGGGAAGAUGAACUCAUCAGCUUAAUUCAAACGUUAUAUAUCAGACAACCUCAAUCUACAACUUCAGUAUCAGAGGACAAUUACGAAACAGAAUGGUUUGAGUACAAAAUUAAAGAGACCAAUAUGUUUACGGUGGACAAAUAUCAACAGAUAGGCUUUUUCCCAGAGGACAAGGCAUUUGCAUUGAGAUAUCAAACAGCCGGCAUGUUAGAAACGGUUUUGAGACAAGGAGUGUUAGGUGAAGAUGAUACUGAAGAAGAGUCACCAAGAAACCUAAAGAUACCAUCUAAAAAGCCUUCUGUGGUGUGUGAGAGUUGUCUUUAUUCACUAGAGAAAGACAUGCGAGUAAGAGCAUUUCAUAUCAUGGACCCAAAAGGUAUCCUUGAAAUGCUUCUAGUUUUCCUAGAAGAAAGAGGUGGUAGAGAGGGUACCCCUCCUACCUUUGACACAUCUAAGGAUGAAGCAAACAGGAUUUUGCCGCAUGUUGGGAGAUGGAAAGGUCACUCUGUCACAAAGCGUACUGGCGUGUAUGGAGCAACCAUACAGGAAGCAGAUACAAUGGCCUUGUUUGAAAUGAACAAGGAUGGUCACCUAAUCCAGGAUAUCACAUCCACACUUUUAGGGACUGAUGCUACCACUAAUGUGCAUUGGACUGGUACCGUAUCUGGCAAUGAGGUCUCAUUUGAUGGCGGUUUCCAGUUUAUCUUGUUGCCUGGUGGCAUGUACAUGGGGUGUCCAUCUGAUAUAGCGAAAAGCGUGAAGGAUUCCAAGUCCUUUCAUCUGGAGCUGUGUUGGCUUGACUCGCUGGCUCAAAAGAGACAGAGACUUGUCCGAACUUUUGACGUGCAAGGCCUAGUUGUAUCAUCAACAUACUUCUUUGAGACAAAACUGUGAGUGGUUUCUUCAUGAUCUCUCAUCUACAAGAGUUUACCCCAAUUCUUUCAUUUUGUCCACACACACAUAGAUUCUUGAAUCUAUGUCUGUGAAUUUAUGUCCUUAAGAACCAAAAGAAGAUUGGGUCACGUUUAUUAAAUCAACUCCAGACAUCUAAAAGACUAAAAAAAUCAAAAGAAAAACUUACAUUAUGAUUCAAAGAUUUUGAAAAUCUGAUGUUAUGGUUACAGUGCAAUAGUCUUAUUUUGUGGGAUAAAACCAUAGAAUUCCUAUUUCGAGCCAAAUUGUUGCAGUGCAUUAGUUGUAUUUUGGGAUAAAACCACAGAAGAGUCAUAUUUCGAGCAUAUAGUCUAUGGUUUGGUCAUAGC